AUGCUGGCAAAUUUUGUUGUGGAACAAAAUACUAUUUCCUAUUAUGCAUGUGCCACACAGAUGGCUUGCUUCAUUCUGUUCAUUAUCAGUGAAUUUUUCAUCUUGUCAGCCAUGGCCUAUGACCGCUACGUGGCCAUCUGUAACCCUCUGCUCUACAAUGUGAUCAUGUCUCCGAGACUUUGUCAUGUGCUGGUGGGCAUUCCAUACCUCUACAGUGCCUUUCAGGCUCUGAUGUUCACUAUUAAGAUUUUUACGUCAGCCUUCUGUGGCUCUAACAUCAUCAGCCAUUUCUACUGUGAUGUUGUUCCCUUAUCACCUAUGCUUUGUUCAAAUUCACAGGAAAUGCAAUUGUUGGUCAUGCUAUUUUCAGCAUUUAAUUUGAUCUCCUCCCUCCUGGUAGUCCUUAUAUCUUAUGUGAUAAUUCUCUUAGCCAUAUGUCGAAUGCACUCUACAGAGGGUAGGAAAAAAGCUUUCUCCACAUGUGCUUCUCAUCUGACAGUGGUGGUUGUGUUCUACGGGUCUCUACUCUUCAUGUACGUGCAUCCCAAGUCCACUCACUCCUUUGAUACUGAUAAAAUGGCAUCUGUGUUUUACACUUUAGUGAUCCCCAUGCUUAACCCCUUGAUCUACAGCUUAAGAAACAAAGAGGUACAGAAUGCCUUCUACAGGGACUUUAAGAAUCAGUAUAAUUUUUUGAAAGUCCUCAAGGCUGCUGAGAGAAUGAUUGGGGAAUUACAAGCUGAACAUCUCCAGAGACCAAACCAGGAAGACAGAAGAGUUCCAAAAGGUCACAGUGUAGAGCAGGUUCUUUUUCAAUACAUGGGCAUUCGGGAGAAACCUCAGAG